AUGGCACGAUGGCGCUCUCUCCUCCUUCUCCACGUCCUGCUCCCCCUCCUCCAUGUCCUCCUCCCAGCAUCCGCUGCCGACGCCACCUCCCCAUCCAACAGCUCCUCCGAUCUGGGGGCCCAUUGCAGUCGGUUUUCCGCCUUCAAUCCAGGCAUUGCGGAGGAACUGCUGCCGUGGUACGACGAUGAAGGCAUCUCCGAAACCCUCAUGGACCGCACACUUCGGGAACGCACCAUGUCCGCUGCCGUACCGGGCCUCCCCCUAUGCAUCCGCGGCGGGAAGUUGUACGUCAUUGGCGGCAGCCAGCAAGACAUUUCACGCCUCUUCCCCUGGCAAGCAGACAACAUCGUGGUGUAUGCGUGGGCCCUCUCCCGGCUGGUUUCCCGCUGGGGUACGGCACUGCCUGACGUGGAGUUUGUGGUUGAGACUAUGGACGCGCCCGCGAUAGACUUUGGACCCACCAUCAAGAGCAUCUGCCGGGCGGGUAACACAGCCGGCGGAGAGGAGGGGGAGGAAGAAGGUGGGGGCCAGGUGGUUCCGGAGCCGGAGGACGCGGAGGGCGGUGUGUGGGAUGAGGGGCCUCGUCAUGGCCGACUGCCCGUGAUGCGGCACUGCAAGGCGUCCUCCAGUGUGGCCAUUGCGGUCCCGAUCUUCCACUUUUACACCAUGAACAUCGACGACUGGUUUCUGGGCGAGAUUGAGAGGUUCAACCGGCACCACCCCUGGGGGGAGAAGGAGGGGAAGGCCUUUGCGGCCGGGGUGGGGUACCACCGCGACCAGAGCGUCCAUAGCACUGUACGACAAUGGGAUGGUGCCCGAAGGGGGGAGGUGGUUGAAAGGGUCCGAGAAGCGUUCAGCACAUACCUGGCCCAGGAGCUGCAGCACACCAACAUCUCGUACAGCCACGAUGUCGUACCCCUAGAGCAGUGGGCGCGGUACAAAAUGGUCAUGCACGUUGACGGCAUCACAUGCUCGUCCAGGAUCUUCCAGUUGCUAGCUCUGGGCAGUGUCGUACUCCGGGAGCAAUCCGGGUAUUUCGCGUUCUACGACAAACUGAUGAAAAAGUUUCACCACUACGUACCGUUUUGGAGCAAUCGCCCCCGGGAGGUGGUUUGGGCGUACAACUGGGUAACCGCCAACGACGCCGCCGCACGUGCUAUUGCCGUACGUGGACAGCAGUUCGCUCGUCAGUUCCUCAACAGAGAGGCAAUCGAGUGUUACUGGGUGCUGCUGCUGCAGCAGUACGCGAACCUGCAGAGAUUCACACCGGGUGAACGGCGUGGCAAUGGUGAUGCUGGUGGUGGUGGUGUACGGCAGUUGGAGCUUGUACCUGUGGUGGAUUGGCUCAAGUCGCAGGACGACACGACGCGACACGGCGCAGGCCGCUGAAGCAGUACAGACAGCAGCAGCUGAAGCAUACCAGUAUAGCACCACUAGUAGUAGCAGUAGCAGAUGGACUGCAAUGUGCAGACCGUCCCAGAUAACAAACACAUACAGACAAACGUUUAUUGCGCAGGAGCUACUUACUAGACUGGAAGAACGCUUAGGAUAGGAAACGGGGGACGGUCAGGACACAAAAACGUGAUGACACGUACAUACAUACAUACAUACAUACAAUCCGCGGGCACGUGUGCACGCCCUGUACGCUAAACAAACACGCACCAUGAUUACAACUAUGCUAGUACUGCUAGUACUACAUUGUACGAAUAAUAUCACCACAAAAGAAGUAUUUACUCAUGAAAAGAAAAAAAUCGCACUCUGCCAGCACACACUACCAUCACCUCACAUCACGCUACCAUUAAUAUUAAAGCUGGCGCCGCCCACUCCAUAAAGAAACAGACAACAGAGCUAGGCAGACACUACCAGCGUUUAAAAGUAAUUUGUCUUGUUCGCCGCGGCCUCCUGGUCACGUGCCUCUGGCGCAAUCCCGCCAAAGAAUACUUCCACACACUCCACGCUCCCGCGCACCGCUGUGAUCCACAUCCAAAUCCACGUCCAAAUCCGAAUUCCAUGACAAACAAUAACGACUGUAGCUUUCCGCCUCUCAUGACAAACAACCAAAGUAAAAGACUCCCACACCCCAUCUCUUUCUCUUUCCGCUCGCUUUCCCUAUUUUCUCUGCUAAAAUAUAUUUCCCUUGCUUCCUCGCACAUACAUACAUACAUAAGACACCAAUGCACACACAUACAUGCAAAUACACACACAUACACGCGCACACAGACUAAUCCCAAGCAUCCAUCCAAAUUACCUCGCUACCACAUCUCUAAUCUCAGGGUUAUCUUCACCAUCAUGCUAGCCCAAACAAUAAUAAUAGUAACAACAAUAGUAAUAAGGGUCCACAUGUCCUCAAGACGCGACACUGACACUGCUGAGGUUCUUCCGACGCAUUUCAACGCCCCCCCUGCCGCUGCCUGCCUGCCUUCCGACCGCAGAAUUCCGAACGACCCCACAUUCGCAAAUCCCC